CAUUAGCAGCUCAUCUAUUCUGUAAAGUAAGCUUCCAAAACUCCAUCUCCAAUAACCUUCUUUUUUUUUAUUUUUAUUAGAAAAAUCUGCACUGUCUCUAGCUCCAGCCCUUUAUAUAUGCAGCUCGAAACUCCUUCUCUCCAAUUCCCAAACCCCAAUUUUAAAUAUAAAUUCCACACUACAUUUCUACAAGCUGGGUGGUAGCUAGGCAAAAAAAACAGAGUCCACCAACUCCAGCACUGCCAUGGCUAUGGCGGCCAUCAAUGGCUUCCACCAUCAUGACCUGCACCUCGAUCUCUCCAGCCACAGCAGCAGCACCACCACCACCGAUGACUUCUCCCACUGGAGCCAGGGCUGGUCCCCCGUCGUCGACUGGGAAGUCCUGUCCGGCCACCACCGCGACGAUUUCCACGACCUUCUGGCCGGAGCCACCGCCGCCGCGGAUGCAGAGGAGGAGGGUUUCAACAACUACAGCCCCACCACCACAACCAACUCCGGCGACACCUCGGCGGCGAUGGUGAUCGACCACGAAGAGCGAGAGGAAGGGGAAGGAGAAGAAGAUCAGGUGGAAGAGGAACAGGACUCGAAAGGGCUGAGAUUGGUCCACCUCCUGAUGGCGGCGGCGGAGGCCCUCACCGACGGCCCGACGAGAUCCCCCGAUCUCGCCCGCGUGAUAUUGGUUCGGCUCAGGGAAUUGGUUUCCCCUCACCACGGCUCCAACAUGGAGCGACUGGCUGCUCAAUUCACCGACGCCUUGCACUACCUGCUCGACGGCGGCGAUGGCGGCGGCGGAAACAAGAAUCGGCAGCAAUUGAUCCCCAAUUGCCACCGGGACGAGCACCAGCUGGCGGAUGUCCUGGCGGCGUUCCAAUUGCUGCAGGACAUGUCGCCGUACGUCAAAUUCGGGCACUUCACCGCCAAUCAGGCGAUCCUCGAGGCGGUGGCCCAGGAGCGGCGGAUCCACAUCGUCGAUUACGACAUCAUGGAAGGGAUCCAGUGGGCCUCGCUGAUGCAGUCCCUGGCGUCCAGAAAAGAAGGCCCACCGAGCCCUCACCUCCGGAUCACGGCCCUGUCCCGCGGCGGGAGCGGGGCCCACCGGAGGAUGUCGAUCGGGACCGUGCAGGAGACCGGCCGGCGGCUCGUCGCCUUCGCGGCGUCGAUCGGGCAGCCGUUCUCGUUCCACCAGUGCCGGCUCGACUCUGACGAGACGUUCCGGCCGUCGGCGGUGAAGGUCGUGAGAGGGGAGGCGUUGGUGAUGAACUGUAUGCUCCACUUGCCUCACUUCACGAACCGGGCGCCCGAAUCCGUCGCGUCGUUUCUAAACGGGUCGGGUUGUCUGAACCCGAGGCUGGUAACCGUGGUGGAGGAGGAGGUGGGGGCGACGGAGGAAACCGGGUCGGGUGGAAGCCGUGGGUUUAUGGGUCGGUUCAUGGAUACCCUGCACCACUACUCCGCUUUGUACGACUCGCUGGAGGCUGGGUUUCCGAUGCAGGGCCGGGCGAGGGCGCUGGUGGAGCGGGUUUUUUUGGGCCCAAGGAUAGUGGGCUCGGUGGGCCGGAUUUACAGGGCCCGGGGGAGGGGAGAGGACGGUGAAAGCGGGACGUCGUGGUGGGAAUGGUUGGGUGCGAACGGGUUUAGGAGAGAGGGCGUGAGCUUCGCGAAUCACUGUCAGGCGAAGCUGUUGCUUGGAUUGUUCAACGACGGUUACAGGGUGGAGGAAUUGGGGUGCAACCGUUUGGUUCUGGGUUGGAAGUCAAGGCGUUUGCUCUCUGCUUCCAUUUGGACUCCGCCGCCGUCCCUUUCGGAUUCCGAUUGAAUUGAACGGCGGCAACAUUUUUUACGCUCCUCUCUCUUUCAUCCUUACUCUUUUCUUUUAUGUCUAUUAUCAUCCUUUUUCUUUCGUCCUCUUGGUUUCUUGCUUCUCUUUUUAAUUUUUCUCUUCCUAGUUUUUUUGGGGGAAAAUGUGUAAGAAUAUGUAAAACUGAAAACUACUCAUUUGUUCAUAAUGUCAGCGUUGAGUUAGUGAUGAGUUUUAAUUACCAACUUACUAUUUGGUAAUCCACAAGAUACUAUCUCUAUUUUGUUUCAAGUAUGGGAUUUGUAAUAAAAUAAUCUUACGUGUAUUUUAUUAAUUACUUAAGUGGUUAUUUUCAUAUCAUCACUGUUUUCGUUUGUUACUUGAUUAUAAUGUAAAGAAAUAAUAUUUAAACUCAUUUUCCUCGUCAAGGGAUACACAAUGGUAGAUUGAAAGUAAUAUAAUAUGCUAAAGCAUGGAAAAGUGUAUUGAAUAGAGCAGUGGCUAGCCAGUACCUCAUAAAAAGAAAAAAAUGAUAGAGGAAAACUUAUUCUAACUCAAGUAAGGAGUAUAUACAAACCUAUUGAAAGGACUUAUACUCAUGUUUGUUACCCCCUUACUUGAAGUGUUAACGAUAAAUUAUUGCUACGUCUAGUAGAAGAUAUUGUCCUUGAAAGAUUUCUCAGACGAGAAAUUAAAUAACACGAGACACGAUAUUUACGUGGUUCUUCUCAUUUAGUGUGAAUGAGCUUACUCCAUAGAUAAGUUUAGCUCUCUCGAGUUUUUUUCCUUAUUGUGUGGCAACCGAAUGCAAGGAGAACAUAUAUACCUUAUGACUUUGGACGUAGCUAGGGUUACACACCAAUAAGAGGAAAAGACUCUCAUACCCUUCCACAGUUCCACGCAAAUGACCGCGUACAAUGAUUGACAUUAUAUAUCUUAUUCCCUCACAAGCUGAAGCAUGGAGGUUAUAAAUGUCCACCUUGAGUAACAACUCCUCGAAAUGAUCACCAGCAAGCCUAUUUGUGAACAAAUCGACAAGCUAGCCGUGAGUGGAAACCUUCUGAAGAUAAAUUUCGUUGGAUGUGAGAUGCUCAUGAAUGAAAUAACAAUCCAUUUCUACAUGCUUUGUGCUCUCAUGGAACACAUGAUUAGUUACAAUAUUGAGGGAAACCUAAUUAUCACAACAAGGACCAUAGCACCAUCGGACGGAACUCCCAAAUCCCUAAGAAGAGUAUGGAGCCAAAUAACUUCACUAAUGACGCUGGACACGACUCAGUACUUCGCUUUGGUAGAGGAACGAGAAACCACGACCUCACCCAAAGUGCCAAAGUACCCAGAGGUGAACUGACGAGACUACUGACAGCCUCUCCAAUCUGCAUCCAGUAGGCUAUGUGACAUCAAUUAUCGGUAGAAGAAAGAAGAAUACCUUGACUAGGUGCAGUCUUCAAAUAGCGUAGAACACGUUUGGUUCUUGCUAAAUGUGUCGAGGUAGGAGCAUGGACAUAGCGACUGAGUAUGUUGACAUCAUAGACAAUAUCAGGAUGUGCCAUGGUAAGAUAAUAAAGACGGCCAAUCAACUGACUAUACGCGACAUCGCUAGCUUUAUAAACACAAGAAGAUUCGCCAUCCGGUGGCCGAGUAAGAUGGUGAUGCUGCUCUAUAGUAAAAUAACUAGGAAGAACACCCAAAAUUCUGUUAUCACGCAAGAGGUUGAGUGUGUACUUCCUUUGGCAAAACACGAUGUCAUCUCAAGAUCGAGCGAACUCAAUGCCUAAGAAAUACUUGAGGGGUCC